AACUCGUAUCUGCCAUCUAGUGAGUUUAUUAGUUCAUUAAGGCCAAAACGUUUCAAAAAUGACCUCGCCGGUUCCUAAAGAUGACGCUAGUUGAAUGUUCUUUUCCUUUGUAUGGGAGUUGCACCCCCCUGUUCUUUACUUUAGAAUAGCUAGUUUCACGGGAAUUUGUGAUAAAAAUAGUUUAUUUAGCAAAUUAUCCUAGCAUUUAUCUACGAUGUCGUCUGUAUGCUGUGGAACUAAAAAACAAAAACUAAAUCAUUCUUAUAGUAACAAUGUUGAUCGACCUUUGAAUGGUUACCACGAUUCUGUAGCGAUACUCGAUAUGUGUUAUUUUUGUUUUGAUGUUUUAUACUGCCAGUUACACAGUAUGGAACCACCGCAGACGCCCAAAUUCACAAACGAGGCCUAUCCUUUAUUUGUGACUUGGAAGAUCGGGAAAGAGCACCGUCUAAGGGGAUGCAUUGGGACCUUCAACGCUAUGCACUUACAUUCAGGCCUGCGUGAAUAUGCUAUUACAAGUGCUCUGAGAGACUCUCGAUUUUCUCCUAUAACAAGAGAGGAAGUUCCGCGGCUCUCUGUCUCGGUGUCAAUCCUGCAGCAUUUUGAAGAAGCUGAACAUUACCUUGAUUGGAAACUGGGCAAGCAUGGCAUCCGCAUAGAAUUUGUCAGUGAACGUGGAAGCAAACGUACGGCUACAUACUUACCUCAAGUUGCUACUGAGCAAGGUUGGGACCAAAUACAAACAAUAGAUUCUUUACUAAGGAAGGGAGGUUACAAAGCUGCAAUAACAGCAGAUUUGCGACGCAGCAUCAAACUAACUCGAUAUCAGUCUGAGGAGGUUUCCGCCUCAUACACUGAUUAUGUGAACCGGCGUUGCUAACGCCCGCCAUUCGAGAGCCCUUACUACGGAGCUCUCAACGCUGGCAACUCUACAUCUAAUGUUGCUUGUGGAUCCAUCAGUGUUCGACAAUUGAAUCUAUCGGCCUGUCUCCUUCCUGGUCAGUCACAGUUUUGCUAGCAUUAACUGGUACAUUGACCUGUCUCCCGUGGAAGUUUUUAUCUUGCUGAAGAUCCUAGAGUUGCAGAAUAAAUCAGAGAAUAGAGUAAUUGAGAUAAUUUGUGUUUCUAUAAAAUGCUGUCGAUAGUUUUCGGUGGGACACUGAUAAAAAUAUGACUUUUGAACUGCUAUGGUUGUUGUAGUAAUUACAAUUAAUGUAAGUUUUGUUAGUAUAAAUAUUGGUUAGUGAGGUCACAGCUUCCGAGCUCUGUGAGAUGCACUCUUCCAUUGUAAACGGAUCUUAAUAGUUAGAUAAUUAUGUGUAAUAAUAAUAUAGAUGCUUAAAAUGCAAGAAGUGGUUGAAAAAAAUCAGAUUUAAAAUGAAGAAAUCUAAUAUUUCAUUAGAUUGACUUGUUAAAAACAGAUGUUUUUAUAAUUAAGUCAAUUAUACUUUGUAUAAUUAAACACUUACUUCAAUCUAUUAAUUGUGGAAUUAUAUUCGUUUGCAUACAUAAAAGAUCUCUUAAAAACGACUCAUUAAUUUCAAGUCAUUGUACUUACAUGAAAUUAUUAGAUAGUAACUAAUAGUCGUGGUUAAGCUCUCCAUUGAAUAAAGGGGUAACCCCGUAUCGAGAAAUAUAUAAUUGAAAGAAAAUAUCAGUAAUGAGAAAUUAUGAGAUAACUAAUCAUUCGUUGUAAGGUAGGGUUAGGUGGCGAGCUAUCGAUGUUAGUUGAAGCGAUCGAUCGUUAAAUGGCGCACGAGGUUUGUUAUCGAUAACAUAUUUUGAUGUUUUAAUACUGUAUGUGUGCCUAUUAAAAGUAUAUUAUUACAAAUUUGUCAUUAACUACAUCACGGAAGUGCGUAAUUAUGUAAGCUAUGUUUUUAUCUAAAAUCGUUUUCAAACAGGGUACGUCUAUUAUAAUAUUUGAUUGUGAAGUGUUGGUUUUUAGCAUAGUUUUUUUCAUUGAUGUGUCAAUAAUUUCUGUAAAGUUGAUCAAAUACUCGGAAAGUACCAAGGACCAAAGCAAAAUUUAUAAAAAAAAAGCUAGUAUAUUUACAAGCAUUUUUUUUGUAUUUUUUUUUAUUUAACACGAAUAAUGCAUAGAAGUUUAAUAGCUGUACACUAAAUCGAUUAAUUAAAGACAAUAUGUAACGUAAACUUCUACAAAGAUGCAAAAAUUGAUUUAAAUUCUAUGAAAAGUUAUAUAGUAUCGAAACAUGCUCAGUACAUCACUAUAGUACCUGCAGACUAACUUGACGGCAUCGAACGUAGACGCUCCGGACUUCGGUGUGCUUAGUGCGAGCUUUUUAACGUUCUCGAUAGCGUAAAAGUUAAAUAAAAUUUGUAUGAACUCGGAAUGUUUACUUACGUUUGCCGCUAGGGGCGCUGUAAGCACACAACGCUGCCAACGAAACGAGUGCUCUGAGAAAUCGUUUCGAGAUAAUUUCACGAUGUCCAUCUUACUUCCGCACCGCUUGACGACGGAGCAAAGUUCAUUCAAAUUGCUCGGAUAUGCUGCACACGUAUACAGUUCGUUUUUAGAGAUAAUUUUUGCCACGUACCAUCCGGUUCUGCAAUGAACUAUUAGCAACGGCAUUUCUCUUUCGAACGAAAUUUUGAAUAUAUUCCUAAGCGGUAGGGAGUGCUCAGCUGUGCUCAUGGCAGUGCUGACGUCCAUGAGCACCUGUGGCACUCACCAUCGAGUAGUUUGUAUUCCCCCACACCAUAAUAAUGAAUUAGUACUUAAACCUUUGAUUGCCAUGUGGGUCAUCGGUGCUCUAAGUUGCGCACUGAAGUAAUGUUGUCGAUUUCUGUUACUAAGGCACCGGAAUAUCUAGUAGACUUUUGGAAAGACGAAUCCGAAUACUAAGUAUGAAUAUAUUUCUAAGAGACUCGAAAUGCUAAUACACUUUUUACUGGUGGUAGGACCUGUUGUGAGUCCGCGCGGGUAGGUACCACCACCCUGCCUAUUUCUGCCGUGAGGCAGUAAUGCGUUUCGGUUUGAAGGAUGGGGCAGCCGUUAUAACUAUACUUGAGACUAGAACUUAUAUCUCAAGGUGGGUGGCACAUUUACGUCGUAGAUGUCUAUGGGCUCCAGUAACCACUUAACACUAAGUGGGCUGUGAGCUCGUCCACCCAUUGAAGCAAUAAAAAAAAACACUAACAAAUAAUAGUUAACAUAUAUAUAAAUAACAAUAGCAGUGCUGAUGUCCAUGAGCAUGUGUGGCACUCACCAUCGAGUAGUCUGUAGGGUACAAACCUACCUUAAUAAUUAAUUAGCAUUUAACCCUUUGAUUGCCAUGUGGGUCAUCGGUGCCUUUAGUUGCGCACUGAAGUAAUGAUGUCGAUAUCUGUUACUAAGGCACCGGAAUAUCUAGUAGACUGGGAAAGACGAAUCCGAAUACUAAGUAUGAAUAUUUUUCUAAGAGACUCAAAAUACUAAAACACCCAUUAAUAAAUAAUAGUUUAAAAAAAUUAACAAAUACGCUUUUAUAUACAAUCCAACUAAAAAAUAGAAAGUAAAUUUUAAUAAAUUUGAAUUAAAAAUAGUGUAAGAAAAAAUUAUUUUAUUGUAAAAAAAAGUGUGGAUAGCUUUUCAGGAUAUUAUCAAACUAACCCUUCUACUCACGUCUGUUCAUAAAAUAUUUAUAACUACUGAUACCAUGCACCCCACGCUUUCUUUUACAAUAAAAUAAUUUUUUCUUACACUAUUUUUAAUUCAGUUUUAUUAAAAUUUAUUUCUAUUCUAAUCUAAAAGCAACGUUAAUGGAUCAGGAGGAUCCGUGAUGACGUGCUUUCGGCGACGUCGACGGUUUACCAUUCGAUCUACAGGAUCGGGUAUGUAGUUUCCAGCGGCCACGACAAGAGGGUUCUCAUGUCGUGCCGUCUUCGCGAAGUGGCGCAGCGAUGCCGACUGUAGAUACUUACUGACGGGGUCGAGCUCCAGGUCAUCGUGGAGAUCCACGUUCCUCAGGAACCAUGGUGCUCCGACGGCUAUCCUGCAGAAUCGGGAUUGAACCCACAUGGCAGUCAUAGGGUUAAAAAAAUAUUGAUUAGUGUAUCUUGUAUCGAUUUUUACGUUACAUUGCUGCCCCCUUAUACCAAUACGGUUCGUUCUGAGCAAUUGAUCGUUAGUUACCGGUCCGAAGUUCAAGUUUUGACAAAUUCGUCUGCAAGUACUGUACUUUUAAAUGAGAAAAGUUCGGUACCAUAAAAUAUAAACACUGCACUAAAAUACACAAACAUACAAUAAAUAGACAAUAUUUGGAGUAAAAAUCUUUUAAGUUCAGUAUUUACGGUUAAAUUAAAUUAUAUCUAUUUUUAUUUUUAUUACGGCCACACUUACCCAUAAAUGACAUCAAAAUAUUUUUAUAAGCGGGAAAAGUGAGAAAUUCAAAUAUCGAGAUUAAUUGUAAUCGCAUAUUAGCAUUUACGUCUGUUACGUUUGUUUAUAUGAUUGUUUUCUUGUGUAUCUUCAUACUAUGUUUUUAAGAGAAUCCUGAAAUUUUACAUAACUGUUACAUUCUGAUGAAUGCUAACAAUUUUUUUUCUGUCAAAUAAAAAAAAUAUUAUCGGCUGUAUUGGUUUGGAAUGUGAAUAUGGAGGGUAGAACUAAUAGAACUGCAGAAGAAACUGGUAUUGUUACUUAAUCAUGAACAAACAUAUUAAACAACGCGUCUUUUUUUUUAAUUAAAUUGAAAUGUAAACUCCAAGAAAAAAAGUGAACGUAAAGAGUCACGUGUGAAUUGUAUGGAUAAAAUAAAAAUAAUUGUUCACGACUAUUUCAUUGAUGAUACUAUUUUCGGCAAUGACAUCCUGAUGAAAUGCCAAUGUCAUUUGAUUACUUUUUCAAUCACUAUUCUCUCUUUCGGAUCUACUCUAUCCUCCAAUCAUAAAAUUGGAACUAUCUAUUCUUCUAAUAUAUUCACAAACGAGGCUUUAACAAAUACUUUUUUCGGCUUUAUCUUAAAAAUAUAGUAAGUAUUGUUGUUUUGAUAGAUAGGCUAGGAGUUAUAUGAAAGAAUUAACUUUUUACGAAUGACGAACUUGGUUAGUUAAAAAUAAUAGGGAUGAUCGAUGUUUAAUUAUUGGACUUGUCUCCGACAUCACACUUCACAAUUUACAUUUUCUUAAUGUUACACACAUUUAUGUAGUACGGCUUACUUCGAUUACGUCAAUCAGUGUCAUCUAGUUUAAAAUAGUUGUACUAACUAGGGACUCGCUAGCUAGAAAGUACAUCCACUAUUAGAUGGCCCUAAAAGAUAUAUGGACGUUUCGAUAAUUCGAUAUUUUAUUCUCAUAAAAUCGAUGUGUCGAUGUUAUCGAAACCAAAACAUCGAUGAAUAUCGAUCAACCCUAAAAAAUAGUUCGUUGGCCCCAGGAAAAAUUUAAAUUUGCAGUAACCACUGUUCAAAUUAUUUCAAUGGUUUUAAAUUGGGUCUGUUGUUAUAAUAACAAUGAUAGUCGAAGUAACAUGAGUGUUGCUUACAAUUAACUUGCAUACAAAAAGUAAUUAAUCAUUAUAACUUUCAUUCAAUAGGAGUGUUUCGGCACAAUACUGGCAAAUUCAUGAAAAUAAAACUAGCUAGUUUUCUAGCUUUCUUAAUUGUGGCAGGGCUAUAAAAAGGUUACUCACAUGCUUCAUGUUUGCCACAACUAUUUGACAGAGCAAAUAAAGAAAAUCUGAACAUUGCAAUUCAAAUAAAAUUCUAAUUAUAUUUUUUGUGUUUUUAAAAUCUCUCAUCUACUCAGAAGAGGUAAUUAAUUGGGAGAAGAGUUAGUGAUAGGAAACGGCAAAUGCGAAUCAAAUGGGUAACAAUAAUAAUAAUUUAAGUACAUAAUAUCAAUACCUAUCAAUUUCUUUUAAUAAAAUUUGAUAUCCAGAUUAGUCCACAUAAAACGAAUCUGUAUUUUAUUAAAAGUAAUUUAUUUUGUUAUUUUGAAAUUCUUAAAAUAUAAGGGUCAGGGGACAAUUUUGAAUGUGUUCAAAGACCACAAGGAAAAUCUUUAUUUCCUUGAUAAAAUGUGUGCAGUUUAUUGUCCAUUUUUUGUAAUUCAUAAAAAAUUAAAUAAUAUAGGUUAAAAA